GCCACGAAUCUUCCCUCCAAUAUCUCUCUCUCUCUCUUCUCUCUCUCACUCAAAUGGGCAGAAGCAGGAGAAGCGUGCCUCGGAAGGCACUACUCUUCUCCUCCUCCUCCUCUCCGAAACCCUAGAUCUCCGAUCCCAACGAUCUCCUACCCUCAAUCCCUCUCCAUUAGGUGUGGUUCGAAUUCCUAAGAUCAAUCGGGAUCGGUAGAACGGAUCUGUAGUGAAUCGAUUCUUACUCGUGCGAUCGAUCUGUAGAUCCCAAAUUCCACUCGCAUUGCCCCUUGGAUCGCGGUUUUCCGAUCGGAUCGGUGGAUUCUCUGCCGGAUCUAGGAGGGGAUGAGCAGAGACUAGGGUUCCGGCGUGGCGGCGGCGGCGGCAAUGGCGGCGGCGGUCGGCGGCGGCGGCGGCGGGGAGGUGCAGAGGGGGUGGGUGUUCGAUGAGAGGGACGGGUUCAUCUCUUGGCUGAGGGCGGAGUUCGCGGCGGCGAACGCCAUGAUCGAUCUGCUGCUGCACCAUCUCCGCGGCGUUGGGGAGCCCGGGGAGUACGACUACGUCGCGGCGUGCGUCCACCAGAGGCGCUGCAGCUGGACGCCGGUGCUCCACAUGCAGCAGUACUUCCCCGUGGCGGACGUCGCGUUCGCGCUGCAGCAGGUCGGGUGGCGGCGGCAGCAGCAGCAGCCGCCGCCGUCCAUCGUGCCCCCGCCGCCUCCGCCCCCGCCGCUGCAGGCGCGGCAUUUCGAUGGGGCGAAGGAGAAGGAUGGGAGGAGGGCCGGGUUUGGGCACCGGUACGGUAACCGGUUCGACGGGGCCAGAGAGAAUCACGGAGCGGAGAAGGAGAAGGAGAAGAAGGGGGAGGAUCGGAACACGAAGGGCGAAGCCCAGAUCCCGGAUGGGACUGAUGGGAUUAAUAAUUUUUGCUCCAAGUCGAAUUGUUUGCAAACUGAAGGAGAAAAUCCUGUUGAAACUCAUACUAGUAGGUCAGAACUAGCUGUUACAGGCGACAGCCAGACAAUUACGGCAAGAAAGGCUAGCAGUGAUUCUGUUCCCCAAGAUAGUGGCUGCAUAAUGCCAGAUCAAGAUGGAAAUGGGAAGCUAACGCUAACUCCAAAAGAUUUUGUCACUAACGAGUUAAUUGAUGGAAAAAUGGUAAAUGUUGUUGAAGGGCUUAAGCUUUAUGAGGACUCGGUGGAUAUUACUGAGAUAAAGCAGCUACUCCUGUGGGCAAAUGAAAUGAGAGCUUCUGGGCGUCGUGGAGAACUUCACGGGAGCACACUUGUUAUAGCAAAAAGACCGAUGAAGGGGCACGGAAGGGAAAUGAUUCAGUUAGGCAUUCCUGUUACUGACGGACCCCGUGAAGAUGAAAUUACAGCUGAUAAUUCAACAGAGAAGAAGGUGGCGCCUAUUCCUAGCUUAGUGCAGGAUGUAUUUGAUCACUUGGCUCGCCAGCAAGUGUUGCAUUUUAAGCCUGAUUAUUGUAUCAUUGACUUCUUUAAUGAGGGGGAUCAUUCUCAGCCUCAUGUAUGGCCACCUUGGUAUGGUAGGCCGGUUUGUACCUUAUGUUUGACUGACUGUGACAUGUUCUUUGGCCGAGCAAUAGGAGGAGAUCACCGUGGGGACUAUAGAGGUUCUCACAAGAUGUCUCUUCAAAUGGGGGCUCUUCUUAUAUUGCAGGGUAAAAGCGCAGAUCUUGUCAAGCGCGCCAUCCCCUCCGUAUGCAAGCAGCGCGUAUUACUAACCUUUGGAAAGUCCCAACCAAAGAAACCCAUUCUGCAUCCUGAAGGCUCAUACUUCACUUCGACCACGGCACCUCCACCUUCACCUUGGGGUGGAAUAUCAUCACCGGUUAGGCCAUCCAACCUUCCCCGCCCUAAGCACUUUGGAGCCCUCCCAUCAACCGGUGUCCUUCCAGCUCCAUCUGUCCGGCCUCCACACGUGCUCCCUGCCAAUGGAAUCCAGCCACUCUUUGUUGGCCCGUCCCCUGCCCCUCCUGCGCCUGUGGCAUAUCCAGCACCGCCACCCUCGCCUGGGUGGGUUUCAGUGGCCCCUCCCUCGAGGCACUCGGCCCCCCGGCUCCCUAUUCCCGGCACCGGGGUCUUUCUGCCCCCUCCUGGGUCUAGUCCGCUGGCCCAAGCUCAGCUGACCCCAGUCUCUCCACUGUCUGUUGACCCCAACUCAUCUCUAGAGCCAACUACUGCUUCGCCCAUUGGUAACAGCUCUCCACAAACUUCUCCGGAAAAUGGUAUCGCUGAGACGGAAAAUGGCAAAACGGGUUGUAAUGGGAGCUUGAACUCCGCUGCUGCCAAGAAGUUAGGAAACAAACCGUCUGCUACUAGUCCAUCUAAAUAGGUCAAAUAUAUGCAUACAAAGCAAGCGAGAGAGGCAUUCUUUCAAUAUAUUGUUGCGAGAACAGAGAUACGUGGCAAAUGUAAAGCACAGCAGAGAUUUACGUUUAAUUUUGAGGUGCUUCCCGCGAGAUGUCAUUCAGAACUGGAACAGUCUUAAAUUUUGUAGCUCGCUCACUUUAGCCAUCCGAAUUUUCUUAUUAAUUAUAGUUCCACUUCUUUUCUUUUCUUUCUUUCUUUUUCUCUUCUUUUCUUUUGAUGUAUUGGAACAUGAGAUAUUUAUUUGAUGCCAUAUUGGGAACGUGCGAGCAUACUCGGGAUUUUAGUGGUA